UCCCGUCACAGUGAUCCCUCCCGUCACAAAGUUAUCGCUCGUGUUCCUCACUGGCUGGUGCCUUCAGUUCCUUUCGUUCCCUCUCAAAAAAGGGAGGGAAAAACCGUUCCAAUUCUAGGGUUUCCUAGUGCCCACCGUCCGCGAGCCUCCUUCUUCGUUGAUUGGAGGGUUGCUGAUGGUAAUCUUCUCAUACAUGUUGUUGGAUUCUUGAUCGCUUCGUCGUUUCCGGUUUGGGGCGACUGGGGGAAGGUUGAGUUGGCGGAGAGAUGUGGUGUAAGCACUGCGGGAGAGACCAGCCUGGGUAUACUGAUGAGAUCAAUGGCUACACAUGUUGUACUGGAUGUGGAAAGGUUAUUGAUCAAGAUUUGUUCUCCUCAGAAGUAACCUUUCUGAAAACAAGUUCUGGACAAAGCAGAGUAGCAGGAAGUUUUGUGAAGAGUGUUAGAGAUUCUGGAAGUUCUGAGUCACAUGAAAGGACUCUUGCAAAAGGUAGAAAUGAAAUUAGCGAUAUUGUUUCUGGCCUUGAAAUGAGUGGUGGAGAUUCCCUUAUUGACCAAGCACAUCGGUUAUACACAAUUGCUGUUGAGCGUAAUUUCACCAGAGGCCGCAGAACUAAUCAAGUUGCAGCAUCAUGCAUUUACAUCAUUUGUCGGCUUGAGAAAAAACCUUACCUCCUUAUUGACUUUUCAGAGUUCUUGCAGAUAAAUGUUUAUGUGCUAGGUGCUGUAUUUUUGCAGCUUUGCCAGCUAUUAAGACUUGUCCAGCACCCAAUUGUUCAGAAGCCUGUUGAUCCAAGUCUUUUUAUGCCUCGAUAUGCAUCCAUGCUAGUUACCAGCAAGGAAAUGGAAAGGAAAGACAUGCACACAUUAUGCCGUGAAAUUUCAGUCACAGCUGUGCGCAUUAUAGCAAGUAUGAAACGAGAUUGGAUACAGACUGGGAGAAAACCUAAUGGGUUAUGUGGUGCCGCAUUGUACAUAUCUGCACUUUCAUGUGGUAUCAGCUGUUCUAAAUCUGAUGUUGUUAAUAUUGUUCAUGUUUGUGAUGCUACUUUGACAAAACGGCUGAUUGAGUUUGAAAACACGGAGUCUGGGAGCUUGACAAUUGACACUUUCAUUGAAAAAGCCAAGGAGUUUGAGGCUGAUGUUUCUAGAGUGACUGCAAAUGUUGGCCUUGGAACCCAAGGAAGCUCAGAGGUUCUCUGUGAACAUAAAGAUAGAGGCGCCACUAAUUUCCUUCAUGGGCUAUGCAGAAAGUGUUACGAUGAUUUCGUUGAAAUCUCUGGUGGGAUUCAGGGAGGAUCUGAUCCUCCUGCUUUCCAGCGUGCUGAAAGAGAAAGAACACUGAAGGCAUCAAUAGAUGAAAAUAAUGAGGGCCAGAGUAGUCAAACAGUUGGUGACAAGCCAAAUAUGCCCCACAAAGAUGGAAAAGGAUCAUGCUCUCAAGCUGGAUCAGAGUUUUCUGCAAGUGAAAGAAUGGCCUCAAGCAAUUCUGAAAGUGCUGAUCAUGUACAUGUAACUGAAGAUCCGACUUCCAGCAAGAAGAAUUUAGAUGGUGGAGAGGACGGUGGAGAUAAAGAAAAUUUAAUGAACAAAAGAAGCCCAGAAAACGUGGCUGUUGAUGGGAAUUCUCCUGUUAAGGAACGUCAACAUGAGGAUGUUGGAAAUCUGGAGGAUGAUGAAGCCGAAACACUUUCAGAUAUAGAUGAUGCAGAAGUUGAUGGUUACCUUCAUGAUGAAGAAGAAACACGCCUGAAGACUAUCAUUUGGACUGAAAUGAACAAGGAAUAUCUUGAGGAGCAAGCAGCUAAAGCAGCGGCUAUUGCAGCUGCUCAAGCAGCUUAUGAGGCCAAUCUCUCAAAUUGCGCAGACAUGCCUGGGGCAUUUGAAGUGGCAGCAAUGGCAGCUGCAGCAGUUGCGAAGUUUAAAAAGGAAAGACAACAAAAGCGUGCUGAAGAGGCCAAAAAUAACACCCCUGCUCAAACUGCUGCGGAGGCCACUCGUAGAAUGUUAACGAAGAAGAGGCUCAGUUCAAGGAUUAACUAUGAUGUACUAGAAAAACUUUUUGAUGACACGGAUAAGGAGCAGUUGCAUAAAAAUAUGGACACCACAGCCAAGGGAGAUGUGAAAAAACAAAAGAUUGAAUCAGCAGAAAUUGAUGGUUUCUCUCAACCAUUGGAUGAUGUGGAUGAUCAAGCGUUCAAGUCUGAUGUUUUUGAUGGUGAUGGAGCCGAUAUUGGGGGUGAAUAUGGAGAGUAUGAUACAUAUUCAUAUCAUGGAAAUCAAAGUUAUGGCUAUAGUUAUGACGAUCAGUAUGGAUAUGAUGAUUACUGAUUGUAGUUUAAACUGGGCUUCAGACCAAGAUGCAUGUUGUGGUAAGCUUACAAUCUCCUGUUGUGGUAAAUUAUGACCCCAAAUCCCCAGUAAGCCUGGAUGCAGCUCGCUGUAACCUUGAGCACAAUAUAGUGAACAGACAAUUGAGCUGUACUUGAAAUAAGGAGCAGGAUGGACGUCAUUUUGACAGGCAUAGCUCUAGAAAUGAUUAACAAUUUAUGUUGAUCUAAAUGGCAGUAUGCAGUUCCAGGAAGCCGAAGAGAGGCCACCAGUGCUCCUAUAUAUGUAUUAUUCUGUUUCUCCAUUCAUUUGCUACUCGGAGUUGGAGCCGCCUUAUUAAGAGGCCCUUAUGGGAUAGUAACCUGAGGAAGACCCAUUGGCACCUCUAUGGAAAGGUGUUCGUUGCCGACAUGUAACUAGUGCGUUUUGAUGCUAGUGGAUAUAACCACAUCCCACAGAGGGCAGGCGACAGUUCUUGUUCUUUUGGUGCUUUGUGGCACCAUCUAACUUUUAACCACAAUUCUUUGCCAUAAAUGUAAUUGUGAUAAACCAAGUUCAGUUGAAUCAUCAUUUCUUUUGCUCUAAUGAGAUGCUAAUAUAUUAUGCUGUUCUUUCAA